AUGGCUGGCCUGGUGUGGAACCCCCCCACGUCCUGCGCCUGGGCCGGUCGCGUCUUUGUCAGCGACCGAGAGGCCCGCGACCACGGGCUGCGCAGCGUCGGCCUGCCCUCGCGCCUCGCCUCCUUCCAGCCCGUCGCGUCCGCCUGCACCGACGCGCGGUGCGCGCGCGGCCGCGACCCGCUGAGCUGGUGGCGCAAGGGCCAGGAGCAGCAGCAGCAGGACAAGGCGGUCGCCGCGGCCGCGGCGGCUGCGGCGGCCCCUGCGGCGGGGCUGAAGCUUCCGGGCGGCUUCAUGGAUGUGGUGGAGAUGCGGAGCGCGGAGCGCGGGCGGCGCGCGCUGGCGGCGCCGGUGGCGACGUUCAAGCUGCCCCCGCUGCGGACGGAGGGCUUCCUGGGGCCGCGCAUGCGGCUGUCGCUGCCCAGUUUCAGCGGCGGCACGGCCGAGCACCCGUCCCUGCUGCAGUACUCGUGCGACCUGCAGACCAGCAUCAUGCCCGUCACGCCCAUCGCAAUCGAGCUGCACCACAGCGACUCGCAGCAGGCGGCUGCCCAGCGGCAGCAGCAGCAGCAGCAGCAGCAGGAGGGGAAGCAGGAAGCCCAGCAGCGCGGCUGGUGGUGGCAGGGCCGACGAGAGCAGCGGCGCAGCGGCGGCAGCGGCGGCGGUGGCGGCGAGGUCCUAGACGCGCUGCUAGGGGGCCGGCCGCUGCUUGCCCUCGCCUUCAGCGACAUGGUGGUGCGCGCCUGCGCGGGCCAUGGCUGA